UUUAUAUACCCUUCUCUUCUCUUCAUUUCUAGGCACCAUAGCUCAACAUACACAAAUUCUCCUUCUCUCUUUGUCUCUCUAUAUUGUAAACCAUGCAGCAGGCAAUACCUUACAAGUCAUGGCUACCCUUAUACACCAACAACAAGCCUCUCAUAAGCCCUUCACAACUUAUUAGCCACCAUAGCAAUGGGGGAGUGGUUGCAGCUCAAGAAGUGCUCAAAGGGUCAAGAAAUAUAAGCGAGAUGGUACAAGAGAAUGCAAUCAUAGUGUUUGCUAGACGUGGAUGCUGCAUGAGCCAUGUUGCGAAACGUUUGCUUUUAGGGCUUGGUGUGAAUCCAGCUGUUUAUGAGAUUGAUGAGGCUGAUGAGAUUAGUGUUUUAGAAGAACUGGAAAUGAUUGGUAAUGAUAUUGGUGGAAAGGGGAAUAAUAAGAAGAAAGUUCAGUUUCCUGCUCUUGUCAUCGGUGGAAAGUUGUUUGGUGGAUUGGAUACACUUAUGGCUACUCAUAUUUCAGGAGAAUUGGUUCCUAUUUUGAAAGAAGCUGGAGCCUUAUGGCUUUGAUUUUUGCAGUUCUGUUCUUGUCUAGCUAGCUAACUAAUUGAUUUCCCUUUCCCCCUUUUUCUUUUUUCGGCUGUUUAAGAGUUGAGAUUGUAAUUUGUUAUAGAAAGAAGGAAAUACAAAGUGGAAUUUUUUUUUUUU